AUGUGGCUGGAGAAGUAUGCUCCUCGCAGUUUAGACGAAUUAACAAUUCAUAAAGAUAUAACAGAGAGAUUAAAAAAAUUAAGCGCUCAUAAAGAUUUACCUCAUAUAAUAUUUUAUGGAACACCUGGAGGUGGAAAAAGCACUAGAAUAGAUUGUUUAAUAAAAGAAAUAUUUAAAGAAGAGAAAAUAAUUAGAAGACCUGAAUGUAUAACAAACGUAGAAAAUAAAAUAAAUAUAAAUGUAGUUCAAAGCAAUUAUCAUUUAGAAUUACAAUGUUUUGAAUUAGGAAAUAAAGAUAAAAUUAUUGUUCAAAGCAUAAUUAAAGAAUUAUGUAGUUAUAAAUCUAGUGCAUCCUUUUUUUCUAAAAGUCCAAUGUAUAGAAUUUUUGUUUUCAAAGAUGCUGAGUUUUUAAGUGAAGGAGCACAGGCAGGAUUAAGAAGAACACUAGAAACUUACAUAAAAAAUGCAAGAGUUAUUUUGCAUUUAGAACACUUAUCUAAAAUAAUAGAACCAUUAAAAAGUAGAUGUAUUUGUAUAAGAGUUCCAUUACCUACAGAAGAAGAAAUAUUUAGUGUUUUAAAAAAUAUAUGUGACAAUGAAAAUGUUUCUCCAUCUUUUAAUUCACUAGAAUUUUUUAAAAACUUAAUAGAAACACAUGGAAGAAAUUUAAGGAAAUGUAUAAUGGCUUUAGAAAUGACAGUGUAUUCAAAUUCAACAAAAACACAUCAAUCUUUAUCAGUUGCGGCUACAUAUAUAAAUGAAUUAUGUGAUUUCGUUUUUAUUAACCCAACUCAAACAAAAAUGAAGGAGUGUGUGACAAAAAUUCAGAGUUUAAUAACAUGUCAAAUACCUGUUAAUUUUAUUUUUGAAACAACUAUUAAAUACUUAUUAAGAAGUAAUUAUGAUUAUAAAUUGAAAUGCUAUUUCCUUAAGUUAUGCUCUCAUUUUUCUUAUCUGUCAGAAGCGUCAUAUGAUAAAAGUGUUUCUCUUAUUGCAUUUAUUGUAAACGCAAAUACUGCUAUAGUGAAAUAUAACUUAUCAAAAAAAUAA